ACACGCUCAAUAAAGGGCGCUAGUGUCUGUCAAGUGUCACAGCCGUUCCCGUCGGCCGAACAGUGUUGCGAGACUCGAAUCGGUGAAUUAAUUAGGAAUAACGUACCACUUUUUUUUUAGUAAAAUUGUGAAACUUUAAGCAAUAAUGACCGACAAGAAAGCGUAUCCGGUGGCACCGCAUCCACCGACCGGCUUUGUCCCCGCGCCAACGCAGCCCCCGACCUACGGUGUUGCAGGCGCCGCGCCCUACGGAGUGUUUCCCAAUCAACCGCAGCUUUAUGCGACACAGGGUCCACCACCACCGACGUAUGAUCAGACUCUUACGCAUCCUAUGAUGUACCAACCGAUGUACGGACAGGGAUAUCCUGGUGGAUACUUGGCAGGGUAUCCUACCGCAUAUGGACCACUGCAAUAUUAUCCGCCGUUGGCUGCAGCGGCGGCGUAUUAUCCUGCGGCCGCUAUGCAGCCCGCCCCCGUGAGGCCCACUAUUAUGGUACCUAACGGUUUCGACGGUACUCGCUUCGACGGCAUCUCACAGCCAGUUUUGCCGCCACCACCGCCCGGGGUGGCCGCGAACGCCGCGCAAUUGGCCGCGAUGGCCGGCCACAGUGUGGCUUUGUCGCAAAAGAAGGGUUCGUUCCUGGGAGGAGGAACAGAGGGCGGUUAUACCUUUUGGUAAACCACCUACCACCUUUCGUAACACACACAUACACGCAAACAUACAUGACACGUAGGCAGCACAGAGACACACACACAUCACACACACUGAGAAAUACCCAACACACUAAAAGUCUGUCGGAGGCGAUGUGUCGAGACGACGAGAUUAUGUAGGCAAAUUUCCGUUAGAGCUCUGCUUUCCUCGCCACUGCCGGAGGGCAGCUCGUCGAUAUUCAUUAUAGUAUAUACCGUGUGCGCGGACCGAUCACAUACCUAUGCUCAUAUUCAACAUACAUAGACACAAAGAGCGAUACACACACACACACACACACACAUAUACGUCUACACACACGCAUUUACACAUGAUACUAAGGCAGCAACCGUGAGAGUUCCCACGCGAUUCACAUACGGCGAUAUUUGCGAUCGAUAAAAGCGAUCCAAUGAUCUCAAGGACACCGCCGCCGUCUUGGUGAUCGAUCUGCGCAUCUCAUGUACUGUUGAACUGCAGAGAAUCGUCCCGGUCGAGGAAGACUCGGACACGACGCUCGUCGAACACCCCGAAAGCUAAUUCCUUGAAUGCUCAUCGUCCUGCGGGAAAGUUGGGAGAGCGAGAGUGCUGCACGAGAGUUUGUAGGAUUAACAUCCCAAAAACUCCGAAGGAGCCAAAGGAUCCACGAUACCGAAAAGUUAACGAAAUAUCUGCUCGAAUUCAUGAAUCCGAAAGUGUCGGGAUUGAAAUUCCGCGAUCAAAAUUCCAAGAGAAUCCGAACAACCAAAGCAUUUAAAUUGCAAGCUCUAAUUGAAUUCGAAAGAAUGAGGUAGCGACUGACGAGAGUCCAAGUUUUCCAAGGCUUAGGAUAUCAAGAGAUUUAAAAAGAAAAAAUAGCAAUUAUAAAUUAUCUCAACUUUAAUUACUAAUAAAGUGUUUCCAAUGCGACGAAGGAUGAAGAAUCUGUCAUUGUAAAGUUUCUAAGGAUUCAUGUUUUCGGCAACCCACGACUUCAGGGGAUUCUUCGCGGUAACGAAGGACCCAAAGGCUCAAAGCAGUUGACGUGUAUCUCCCACAAAAACGGUUAUAGCAAAAACACGUUACUGUGAAAGAUUAGUUCGAUCAACGAGAGGCAGGUUGCCAUUGACAAGGAACGACACUGUCGUUGCGCUUACGGAGGCAGGAAGAACGAAAGGAUCAAGGAUACGGAGAGAUUCAAUCUCUCGACGAUUGUAGGAGCUCACGGGACAUAUUGCGUUGAUAUUUAUAUUUAAGUUAUUGUUAUUUAAACAAUUUAUUUGCAGACCCCUUUAGAAACAAAAUCAUCAGUGCGACGUGUUUCGAUGAUGGAUUAAUUUUGUAUCUCGAGAGAAUGAAAGAGAGAGAGAGUGAGUGAACGAGAGAGAGAGAGGGAAAGAGAGCGAGAAACAAAAAAAGCAAGAGAGUAGUGGAAUGAGUUUUAUAUCAUGGAAAAGUGUGCAAUAAGCAUAAAUUUAUUGUAACAAUAAAGAACCGAUAUUAACUGAAAAUGUGAACUUGUUAUUACAUUGAAUGUGUGUGAGUGAAGGAGCGUGAGAGAUAGAGAGAGAGAAAGGAGAGUAUGUAUGUAUGAAUAAAUGUGUGCGAGAAAGAGUGAGAGAAAGAGAGAGAAUGAGCGAGAUAGAACAAUGAAUCGAAACGAAAAUGUACCACUGCGAUGAUCAAGUGUACCAGUUAAUAAAUGCUAUGGUCAUGCAAUUCGUUAA